AAAUUGGAUGAACCUUCGGGAUGCUGAGACAGGAAAAAUACUCUGGCAAGGAACAGAAGACUUAUCUGUCCCUGGUGUGGAGCAUGAAGCCCGUGUUCCCAAGAAAAUCCUCAAGUGCAAGGCUGUGUCUCGAGAACUGAACUUUUCUUCAGCAGAGCAAAUGGAAAAAUUCCGCCUGGAACAAAAAGUUUACUUCAAAGGGCAAUGCCUUGAAGAAUGGUUCUUCGAGUUUGGCUUUGUGAUCCCUAACUCCACAAACACCUGGCAGUCCUUGAUAGAGGCAGCACCUGAGUCCCAGAUGAUGCCAGCAAGCGUCUUAACUGGGAACGUUAUCAUAGAAACAAAGUUUUUUGAUGAUGAUCUUCUUGUAAGCACAUCCAGAGUGAGACUUUUCUACGUUUGAGAGAAGGAUGUAUGUGCACUUCAAGAAUUUGGGUAUUUUGAGGGGAGGAGGAAACCGUUUACUUUUUUCCUCCACAUGUUUGAUUUUUGACACUUUCACCCCUAAUUCCCUCUAUGGCAGAACCCAGCUGCAGCCACCAGGGGACCAGCUCUGUGUAGAUAACCAGAUGGCAUUUUUUUCCCAAGGUGCCAUCUUCUACUGACCAGGUUAAACUCUCAAUCCCAGACCAGGGCAGGAGACGUGCCUCACUCCUUCCUGGAGUAAACCGGGAGACAAACAUGAGUGCAGCCAGCGCUGUACCUGUCACCCCCCACCGCCUCUUUGGGCCCUGCAGGCUACACAUCUUCCUUCAACCCCUGGUUUUGGAAACAUUCAUGUUCCUCACCCAUGUUUAGUUUUCUUCUUACCAUUUCUAUUUCAUACAUUCUCAUACAUUUAACCUGUAAAAUAGACUGUGAUAUUAUUAUUACAUAAUGUAAUUAAAACAUAUGAAUUAAAAUAUUCCUACAGUCUUUAGCAUGGCA